AUGGAUGACAUUUUAGAUGAGGCAACAAGGAAAGACCUUUUCACCAACACUUUCUGUAAGGUCUGCAGGGCAGUGCUGCAGUUCGAGUCUCAAAGGGUGUCACACUAUAAGGGCAAAAAACAUGCUCAGAAAGUUCGUCUUUACGUCCAAAUGCAUGGUGAGAAAGAUGAGAGGCAGGAGCAUGACAAACAGAAGAAAACCAAUUGUAUCAAUUUUCAGAUGGAUAGGAGUGGAGUAGUGGACAAAAACAAAUACUGCAAUCUCUGCAACGUGAUUUUUACUUCCCCAGUUGUUGCUUUGUCUCACUACUUGGGAAAGAUCCAUGCGAAAAAGUUGAAGCAAUUAUCAGGAGACCAAGCCCAUGUGCCAGCACAGAGCACGCAGCCUGUUUCCGCUUUACAGAAGCCGUUGGCCAAAAAGCCCUUGCUGCCUUCAAAUGCUGAAGAGUCUUCAUCAUCCUCCAACACAACGUUGAAGUUAAAUGAUCCAGACAAGUACUGCAAGCUCUGCUGUGCUCCCUUCAAUAAUCCACUUAUGGCCCAGCAGCAUUAUGUUGGUAAGAAACACAGAAGAAAUGAAGCGCGGAAAAAGAUACUGGAGGAACUGGGAGACAAAGCUGUCCCUGUAGAAUCCGGCACGACUGGUUCCUUCUUUUCAGUUAUUGGGGUUGGUUAUUACAUCUGCUCUGUAUGUAACGUCACACUUACAUCUAUAGAAACAUACCAGUCCCACAUGCAAGGAAAUAAGCACCGGAUCAAAGAAACAGUGCUUGUCAAUCUCAAGAAGAAAUCAAAGAAAACACAUGACUCCGUUCAAGGUGAAUUAAUGGAUGAUGGUAAAGUUCAGAAAGCUAGAGGUCCAGAGCCAGGAAAACAUUUAGGAAAAGCAGAAGAGAAAGAUUUUCAAGAUAAAAACAUUGAAGGAGAAGGUGACCUUGGUGAGGUUAGAGCUUCAAAUUUUAAGUGUGAACCAGGCCAGUGUUCCAGCCUUUUCUCAGAAACCCAGUCACCUACAAAUACUGGGGAAAAUAGAACGCCGAGCUGGCCAUCAGCUUCUGAGCAAGCACUAGAAAAGACACCUAAUUAUCACUAUAACAAGGGAUACUGUAAAGAAGAACAAGCAUUUGAGGUGUCUGCCAUCAGAGAUAAGAGCUUCAGCCUAUCGGUUGCAGAAUCUAAACACUGCUACAAAUCUAUCCUUGCUGAAAUUUCUACCAGCUCCUACAGAAAAGAAGAGAAAUUUCAGAUAAAACAUUUUGAGAUGGAGAAAUACGUCAAUGAAGAGCUGAAGUACAAGAAAGAAGCCACAAAGCAGAAAAGAAAGAAAAAUAGUGAAGGUGCAGAUUUCGGAAAAGAGAAUGAGAAGCAAAAGAGAAUUAAAUUUGAAAUAGACUUGGUAAAUGAAAAGAAGUCAAGACCUUAUAAAGACAAAAGACUUAAAGAAAACUCCGCUGAGAAAGAGAACAAAAAGCACGAAAAGGAUAAAAAGAAGCCACAGACAGAUGGCAAAAGAGAAGAGGAGCUACUUUGGGAUGAAUCUGUCUUGGGUUAUUGA